AUUGUUUCCACUGGCGGUAAUUGGUACUAGGCUGCGCACACAAACGGAGCGAACUGUGAAUCAAAACACGGUAAAAUAACACCUUUUGCUUUUGCUCCGCACCACAAAUUGUACGAUGAAUUGCGGAUUUGAUUGCCACAGUUGAUUUGCGUCGAGUCGUGCCGUUUGACAGCCGGCUGUCGAGCUGUCAGAUUUGGCAGUUUGCGGCAGGCAAAGCAAAACAUCACCCGGUUCCGAACCGGUUCGCUGAAUCGGGAAGAAAAACAAUAGUGCAGUAAAUAUCGGCAAGUUUACCUCGGGACAGGCAGAAACUGCACUGUAAAUAAAACGAAAAUGACCGAGCUGGAGAAUGUAAAUCCAAAUGUGUACAAAAAGAGUGAAGAUCGAAAGCUCACGAAAGAGGACGAGGACGAGGAUGUGGUGGAUCCGUUCGAUGAGCGGGAAAUCUUCGACAUAAUCCGCAACAUCAACGAUCCGGAACAUCCUCUCACACUGGAAGAACUGCACGUCCUGGAGCAGAGUCUCAUCACGGUGGAUAAUGAGAAGAACAUCGUCAACAUCCUGUUCACACCGACCAUCCCACACUGCAGCAUGGCAACGCUGAUCGGUCUCUCGAUACGGGUGAAGCUUCUCCGGGCGCUGCCUCCGCGCUUCAAGGUGUCGGUAGAGAUCAACCCCGGCACGCACGCAUCCGAGCACGCGGUGAACAAGCAGCUGACCGACAAGGAACGUGUGGCGGCCGCACUGGAAAACACGCACCUGAUGGAGGUUAUCAAUCAGUGUAUCGGAACGCCGUUGAAAUAAACCGAACCGAGUGUCCUUUUCCUCCAAGGA